UUUGCCAUAGUUUGGCUUUGGCAGUUCGACUUCUUUCUGCCUUUUAAGUCUGUAGUAGUAGAACUGCUGCACUCAUAUCACCGUCUGCUUCUGAAUGUUUAAGUUUGUUACCGUAAAAGUGAUAAGCGUUUCCAAAUUUUCUCGUUCAUAAAACUCACAGAACUAACAGUGUGAUGUCUGCUAUUGACGACAAAAACGGACCCAGGGAGGUGGUGGUUUUCGUGAAAAGAAGACGACCUGGAAUGUUUUGCAGUACGUUUCAAUGGGAGGCACCGAAAAAGACAACGGAAAAUGAGACUUUAUUCUGUUAUUCAGCCGAAUUAAGAAUUGAAAAUCACAUGUGUCUUUACAUUCUGGAGAUAAAUUUUAGAUUUGAAAAGGAAAAUAAAAAAAUUCACCGUGAAGUAGAUUUUUUCCCGACUCAAGCUGGCCUCCACGAAGAAGAUAAUGACUUACGACCUGUCGAUGUUUCGAUCGCUAUAAAUGAAGAAGAAACGAGAUGUAUAUUGGAGUCAAUGGGCUGGGAUCAGUGGGGUUACCGCGACAUCAGAGGAAGCAUUGCCUGCCCGGCUGGAAAAAGCUUUAACGACAUUACAUGGGAAACGACAAAUCCAAACGAAUGGAAACCCUUGACCUGUCAUCUCUGGCUCGACUUUGAAACCUCCGCUAGAAGUAAAAAGAACGCCCUCAAACAACUGACUGAAUUGUAUGUCCAGCAGAAGCAGUGCGAUGUCCAUUUUAACUUGCAAGACGAUCAACACAUUGGCGGGCAUUCACACAUACUGGUGGCCAGGAGUCCCGUCUUCGCCGCAAUGUUCCAGCACGAGAUGAAGGAGACGAAGACGGGCCAAGUCAGCAUUCAGGACAUCCAGCCAGACAUUUUUAAGCAGAUGCUUCACUACAUUUACUCGGUCCAACUUUCAGUACCGCUGACUGAAAUCACUGCCCAGCGUCUGUUUGAAGCGGCCGACAAAUACGACAUUGGUGAUUUGAAGGAUGAGUGUGUCGAUCGUCUAAUAUAUCGCAUCCGCGUAGACAACGUGAUCAAUUUGAUGGCCUGGGCACAUAUUCAUUCAGUUGAAGAGCUAAAAGAAGCAACUCUUACCUUCACCUCGCUCCAUGGGAAAGAAAUUUCAAAACAAAGAGACUGGGAGAACCUGACGAAAAAUUACCCUGAAGUCUGUCUAGAGGCCACUCGACGCAUUAUUGAUCGAAUGGUACUGUCUUCUGAAAGCAAUGUCACUGCCAAUUCGAACCGAAAAUAAUGGAAGAUGAAUUCCUGUUCCCGUAGUUGAACACAUCUCUAUGAAAAUGUUGAAUUGGAGUUGAUCUUCUGGAUGAAGAAUAUUCCUAGCAAGUUUUUU